AUGAAGCUGCUGCCGUCGGUAGUGCUGAAGCUCUUUCUUGCUGCAGUGCUUUCGGCGUUGGUGACUGGCGAGAGCCUGGAGCGGCUUCGGAGAGGCCUGGCUGCUGGAACCAGCAAUCUGGAUUCCCCUACUCAAUCUACGGACCAGCUGCUGCCCGCGGGAGGCGGCCAAGGCCGGGAAGUCCUGGACUUAGAAGAGGCAAACCUGGACCUUUUCAGAGCUGCUUUCUCCUCCAAGCCACAAGCUCUGGCCACACCAAGCAAGGAGGAGCGUGGGAAAAGAAAGAAGAAAGGCAAGGGGUUAGGGAAGAAGAGGAACCCAUGUCUUCGGAAAUACAAGGACUUCUGCAUCCAUGGAGAAUGCAAAUAUGUGAAGGAGCUCCGGGUUCCAACCUGCAUCUGCCACCCGGGUUAUCACGGAGAGAGGUGCCAUGGGCUGAGCCUCCCGGUGAAAAAUCGCUUGUACACGUAUGAUCACACAACCAUCCUGGUUGUGGUGGCCGUGGUGCUGUCAUCCGUCUGUCUGCUGGUCAUCAUGGGGCUUCUCAUGUUUUGGUACCACAGGAGAGGAGGUUAUGAUGUGGAAAAUGAAGAGAAAGUGAAGUUGGGCAUGACCACAUCCCACUGA